AUGAGGCUCUUUGCAGAGGAUAAUGGAAAGAAACCUUUUCCGCCGUGCGAAAAUACCCGGGAUGUCUCUCUGGGAUCUCCAGACACAUCUCAGCAACUGGGAAAGUACAUUGUGAACGGAUUGGAGAUGCUUUCCUUGUCGGAUAUCAAGGUUGUUGUGGAUGAAAAGAAAACCUCGUUGGAUAGUGUUUCCAGUGAGAGCCCAGAUACCCUGUCUGGGUUUGGAAGCCUUUCAGGGGAAAGCAACGAAGACUGUGUAUAUCUUCCAAGUAUAUAUAAGACCUAUGUAAAGGUCAGCGAGAAGAUCGACAGACUUAUAAAGGGGGAGUACUUUAGCAAGGAAUUUGUAAAGUGUAUUCUCCGAGAGGUGUGCCGAGGAAACUUGGAAGGGGCAAGAAGCAUCAUAUGCCAAGAGCUGCAAGAAAGGGAUCCUUUUUUUUCUCCAGAUACAUAUUUGGUUGAGAGUGGAGGAUGGAACUCUGUAGGAGAGCUAUCAAGAAGGACCCAUGAGCUGAUGGAAGACCUAAAAGAGAUCGAGGAGAUAAGCCAUAAGCUUCAUCGAAUUUUCUUUGAGAUGAGAAGUAGGAGCUUUGAAGCAGAGCUAGGAUAUGCUAAAGCCACAGGGGAGUUUGUGAAGCAACUAGACAAGUGCUCAAGAGAAAUGGAGGGCAUGAGGAAAAUAAAUGGUCUGGUUAGUAAGGAUAUUACUGAAGCAGCAGAGGAUUUUGGGGUUGAUGUGGAUAUAAGAGAUGAUGACCUGCAUGGUGUGCAAAAAGCCUUAAGAAGCGUGUUCAAGGAGAUGAGACGGAGAAUCAAGAACAUGGAGUCUUCUGGACUGGAAGUGCAACAGAAGGAAAAAGAACACGAGAAAGUCCUCAGAGACUAUUUGGAGCUGAAGAAGGGGAUGGAUGGGAUCAAAGCUGAAAACUCCAACUUUUCUGAAGCAGUGGCAAAGCUCAGUAGCAAAAAUUCCAAGAUCAGAAGAGAUUACGAUACUCUGAGAGAGACACUAAAGAGAACUCUUGAGUCUAGCAAGAGGAAAAGCAUUACCAUAGAUAGGCAGAAGAAGAUCAUUGAUAUUCUUCAGAGCAGGGUUGGAGAUGGCUAUGUGCUUCCGGUCAACGAGCUACAAUCGAAGAUUGACGAAAUCAAGAGAAGAGCCGAUGCCGAGCCCGAUUCGGAUAAAAAAAGAAGACUGGAGGACGAAAUCACUGACUAUGAAAGAAGAAUGUCUGAUUUCAUAUCUCUUAUGAACAGGGUAAGCAAAUAA